CUCACUCUCAAUAAUUCAGUCAACUUUAGUCAGUUGGGGCGGGAAAGCGUCGCGAAGCUUGACACUCAUGAAUCGUCAACAGCGACCCAACCUCAAGAACGGCGUAGACCUCCAGCUCCAGUCUGCCUUCAACGAUGGCAACUGGGCUGCUGUGAUCCGUCUUGCAGAGAAGCGGGCCCGAACAUUCAACGACCAAUAUUAUGAGAUUGUGAAAAUAUGUGCUGAAAGCCAACUGGAUGACCCUAGCUCCAAGUUCGCAGCCAUAACCGCCAUUGACAAGUACGUCAGAGAAGGAACCGUGGUCAAAGAUGUCGAUGCCAUAGACCUCCUUGAAUGGGCCAGCCAAGGUCUGAACAGCGAAGAAGAUUUUCCCGAGACACUUGGGCCAUUGAGGGCACGUCUCGUGAAGGCUACACCCAAGGAUAAAAUUGGCGCCAGCCGCUGUUUGGAGUCAUGCUUAUUGCACUGGGAUCUUGUCAGCGCGCAACAGAUCGCGGCAAUUUUGGACAGGACAUUUCCUCAGGAGCGGAGCUUUAUGUUUUGGAAUAUUGUGAUCACACAUUUAUUGGCGACCAGCCCUCAAUCACCUUCAGAGAAGAAGAAGCUGUAUGGGAUGCUCGCAUUGAAACAGAUACAACGUGCUGCACAAUUGGCGGAAGAGGCUGCGACUACCGGGGGCGAAGACGCCAAACCACAUCCACGAAGUAUCCAAACAGAAGAGGAGAUCCUACUGUUAUACGAUGUAACUGAAAAGCAUGGUUCUAAAGAUGACUUGGCGAAACUCGUCUCAAGUCCCGUCUUCAGUCCCCUUGUUCAGUUCCGAAAGGGCAGGAAGGAGUUGAUGCUACGGACCAUUUCUCGCUACCAACAGGAACAACAGUUCGGAGCCAUUUUCGAGUUGUGCAAGGAUUGUUUGUCAAUUGAGGACGAAAACGGUCAACCGAGUCUCAUGGCGGCAGACUGGAAAGUCUGGCGGCAAUUCAUUGAAGCCGCUGCCGAGAUCAAGAAUACCAAGCCAGAUAUUGAAGAAACUGUCCAACAACUCCUAUUGAAGUUCAUCAAGUCACCAAAUCUGCGACCGAUCUACAAGCGCAUUAUUCUAUUGGCCCGUGUCUCGGCAGCCUUUAAUCUUGCAUCAAAUGACGAGGAUGAUGUUGUUGAGAACGAGCCUGCGUCAUUCCGAGUCAAGGAACUGAUCAGCUACGUGAAAAGCCAAGGAACAAAUGCUGCGUGUUUCGAUGAUAUAAAAGCCUUUGCAGAGAGACUCGGUCCAUCUGCAUUAAAGUAUAUGGCAUACGAGUUUGUUCCAAAGUUGGCUCAGACUACAGAGGACGAGAUUCAGUCGGCUAGAAUAAGCAACCUUGCAUUCAAGCUACAGUACUUUGCAGCCACAUGCCCCUGUAUGUACAGCACGAUACCUGGCGAAAAGCCUCUGCGCAAAUGUCUUGUCUCUGGUGUUGAAGUUGACGCUAGCUCACCCGGGCCUGCUUUCUCAACCAUCGCCGAGACUGCCCUCAAGGCUCACCAGUCGCUGGCUGGCCUGGCUCCGAAAAGCUCUGCUGUCGAGGCCGAGAUCAGACCGGAACUGGCUGUCAUCAUCGGUCUCUGCAUGAUCCAAACUGCAUUUCCUCCAUCAACCGAUCUCUCGAACAUCCCUGCCUCUUACACCCCCCUCCUGCGAGCUCUGUUGUUGCUCGAACACCAGCUCACUUUGACACCGAAACAUAGCAUUAUCUCCCUUCUUCUAGUACAACUGCAUCUUCGAGUCGGCUCGUCGCCUCGUGCCAGGGAAAUAUGGGAUACACUGGGCGUCAAGCGCACCAUCAUGGACUCUCUCGCCCCUAUUUUCUACGACCGCCUCUCGACAAUCUCACCUGCCCUUAUUUCACCGUCCGACGAGACCGGCUGGGAACUUCUAGAGUUGCUGAGUUCUCACUUCAACGUGUCGCUGAAGCUUCGAAUGCCUAGACGGCUAAUAGAUGCUUUCGAGUCGGGCAGUUACAGCAGUGUAAUUGAUAUCCCCGAAUACAUGGAGAACCUGCGCUGGAGCUGCACACGAGCGAUGAGUCUGGUCGAGGAGACUAGAACCGAUCGUAUUAUGGGAGAACACUUCUCAGAGGUGUUUACCGAUCCUCGAUUCAGUGAGUCUUUCAAUCGUCCACCAUUCUUGACAAGUACUAACAAAAGCAGCUGAAGUGGCUGACGAUAUGAAACUGGUUGAGACCGUAGACUAUGGAUCUUUCCCGUCAUGGGAUUGCAGUUCUCAAUCGCCUGUCUACACCCGUUUGCGGAUUGGACCACCAUCAACAAAUCGUCGCGCCCAUCUAUCACUCCUCUCGGAAGCAUUCCAUGAACUCUUGGGUUACAGGCCUCCCCCCAUUUACAAGGCUUCUGCGACAGCCGCCAUUCCCGACCAAGUCUUCGUCCUCGAAUCACUCGGUCAACUUAGCAAUUCUUUCAUGAAGUUCUCUAACGGUCCCAGAGGCGACCUCACUCCACAGGAGGCAAUCUACUUUGAGGUCAUCAGCCUACUCAGCACCCUCAUUCCUUUCGCAACAGGCAUCAAUAGGGCCAAACCCAUCCCCGAGGAGUUUUUCCAGAUCGUGGACACUCUGAAAAUUGCCAUAGAUACGCUCAAGCUAGAGCUCCUGCCCCUCACAAACGCCUCAGAGCAAGUCACAACUCUGAGCACGCUUCAUUCCCUCGCCAUCCUCCGCGAUACUUCCGUCGCUAUAAAGAACUCAGCCCAAUGGGUUAUCGCUUUCAAUGACCGCGAAAAGGAGCGUGAUCGCUCUGGGAAGAGUAACCUUCCAAAAGAGGUCAUGGCACAGAUCAAGGAGCUUGUGACGGUAUCUGAGACUACACUCAAGGAGGGCAAGGCCACCGUGGCGAAGAUGAAAGAACAAGUAUUUGGAAGAGACUUUGAGCCCGCGGUGAGAGCGUGGAUUUUUGAAGACGCAGAUAACAUUUUGGGUGUCGUUGGAGAGGCAGCGACGAAGAAACUCGUCAAAAGCUGGGAAUCCAACGUUAAGGGAUGGACUCAGGUAGUGUGGAGUUAGGAGUUGUCGAUUGUCAACGCACACCUGAAUAGAUCGAUGUCCUCGAAGGAACUUAAUCCUUUAGACACACACUCUCAUGGCACUGCACUGACCAAUGCGUGACUGGCCUCCAUCAAUUGGAGGUUCACUAUGAGCUUCGGCUGGGAGCCAGAUGGGCUCGUUUCGUCAGGCUCCGGUCCGAGAUCAAUGUGAAACCUCUGCCGCAGCUCCCGCAAUCUUAUGCUAGUGGGGUGAAUGACAAAAGUCAUGGGUUCGCCACUGAUAGUGGUGUCCAAUGUCGUACCGACUGCACUGCUUUCAUGCAGUUUCUGGUCAAUGUAGUCUUGACCCUUUCGAGCUGCCAGCAUAAGCUCACCGUAUCGAGCUCUGUCAAAUUCUUUUAUAGCCGCAUUGUUUUCCCAUAGCAUCUCUGCUAAUCUUGCACAGUCGACGAGAAGACCGAGUACCAUUUCUCUAUGUAAUUCGAUAGCAGAGAGCUGCUGUGAAUACAUCCGUAGAGUGCGUGAUGCCUCGUGCAUGUUCUCCAUAUAAACUGACGAGUAACCCUGAGAUUCUCGUAUAUUGACCUUGACCUCGGAUAUCAUUGCCUGAACAAAAGGCCUGGCGCCAUCUAGAGCUUGAUCGUAUAGCGAUUCAUCCAAGUUAUCUAUUAGGACACGCUUCUCACUCAUGCGACUGAGAAAUGAGCCGAUCAGGGGCUCAUACUCCCAUUCCAUUCGUAUUUGCAUCGCGUCCAGGUGUUCUUCCAUAGAUGCGAUACUUGGAGGUCGGCGUGAUGGCCAGGCUGAAGAAACCAAAGACCUAAAAAGCGCCAACUCAUGAAUGGUGAUCAAGGGGUAUUCCUCAAAAACCAUCUGCGGCUUAUCUUUUACCAUCGUGGGCUUUAGAGAAUUACUAGCGGCUGCCGCCGAGUGGGUUUUGUGAGUUGCACCAUGGGCAUUUGUGCUUUCUCCGCGACCAAUAAGACUCUGGACGAGACAAUCGAAAGUAGAGGCCAUAGCUAGAUGGAGGACUGAAAGUCCAUGUUUAUCUUGCAAGUUGGCAUUGGCACCGUGGUCGAUCAGCAAUUGCACGAUGGGAUCGAUAUCACGCCCAGCGGCAUGAUAAAGUGGCGUGUGACCUUGAUCAUCUUGCGCGUUAACUUCGGCUCCACGAUCCACGAGGAGUCGCACUAAUGACUCCAUUUCAGAGUCGACCGCCAAGUGUAGUGCUGUUCGUCCUUCCUUGUCUCGUCCGUUCACAUCGGCCGCGUGGUCAAGUAGAAGCUGGACGAGAGGCUCGACCUUGUCCGAGGUGGCAUGGUGUAAAGGUCGCGACGUUUCGUCAAUCAAUAUGUUGGGGCCAGCGCCGUGUUCCAACAGUGUUUGAAACAUGGGCACCUUGUCGACUGAUAUCUUGGAAUCCUUGAAAUGUCUGAAAGCCGCCUCUAGUGCGCCUGGUUCCAGUGGCGCGCCAUAUUGGAAAAGGUAUGUUACGAUAGCAUCUUGCCCUCGUCGAGCUGCAUAUGUAAUUGGCGUCCCGCGUAGAUUUGCGCCCUUUUUGAGGAGUGUUUCGGCGAGCGAAAGGUGGCCAAGGCCACAUGCCAUCUCCAGAACCGAUACAU